AGAGCUCAGUCCAGAGCCCGGACAGCGGAGUGAGUGGCACUGACCAAUACUGACCCACAGGACAGCGGAGUGAGUGGCACUGACCAAUACUGACCCACAGGGCAGCGGAGUGAGUGGCACUGACCAAUACUGACCCACAGGGCAGCGGCGCUUUGUUUACUGCGGUAUAGAGCUGAGACAGGUUCACCACCGCCAUGAGGCUGCCCUUCGUGGUGUUGUCUUUGUGCCUGGCUGGAGGCCUGGCGGCACCAAGCUUGGAUCCCGGUUUAGAUACGCACUGGGAGCAGUGGAAGAGCUGGCACGGCAAGAGUUACGAGCAGAAGGAAGAAACCUGGCGGAGGAUGGUUUGGGAGAAGCAUCUCCGCGUAAUCGAAAUUCACAAUUUGGAACAUUCCCUCGGGAAGCAUUCUUUCAGACUGGGAAUGAACCACUUUGGAGACAUGCCAAAUGAAGAAUUCCGUCAAUUGAUGAACGGGUACAAGUACAAACAAACACACAAGAAACUUCAAGGCUCUCAUUUCCUGGAGCCUAACUUUCUAGAAGUGCCCAAACAUGUAGAUUGGCGUGAUGAGGGAUAUGUCACUCCAGUUAAAGACCAGGGACAAUGUGGUUCAUGCUGGGCAUUUAGUACUACUGGAGCCCUGGAAGGUCAACACUUCAGGAGAACUGGCCAACUUGUCUCGCUCAGUGAACAGAACCUUGUGGAAUGCUCUAAGCCUGAGGGAAAUGAAGGAUGUAAUGGUGGACUAAUGGACCAAGCAUUCCAGUAUGUGAAGGAUAACGGUGGCAUUGAUUCAGAAGAUUCAUAUCCAUAUGUUGGAACGGAUGAUACCCCCUGUCAUUAUAAUCCCCAAUACAAUGCUGCGAAUGACACUGGGUUUGUGGAUAUUCCCAGUGGGAAGGAAAGAGCCCUGAUGAAAGCUAUUGCUGCUGUUGGACCAGUUUCUGUUGCAAUUGAUGCUGGCCAUACCUCAUUUCAAUUCUACCAAUCAGGUAUUUAUUUUGAAGCAGAAUGCAGCUCCACGGACCUGGACCAUGGUGUUCUCGUUGUUGGUUAUGGUGUUGAAAAGCGAGACACAGAUGGAAAGAAAUACUGGAUUGUUAAGAACAGCUGGAGUGAAAAGUGGGGUCAGAACGGAUACAUCUUGAUGGCCAAAGACAAAGACAAUCACUGUGGAAUUGCCACUGCAGCAAGCUACCCUCUAGAAUAAAUGGUGAACUGCCUUAACCACUGAGAACUUAGAGGUGGGCCAAGGCAAAGUGGUCGAUGGUUUUCAUUAAAAGUGACUGUCGGGAGUGGAGGUCUUCUUAAAUGGGCUCAACUGUUUAUCGAGAACCUAUUCUGUUUGGUGCAAAAUGCAUGUCAAGCAACACUGGCUAGUCAUUGUUAAACCUGAAUACUGUGAGGUGGAAAGGUUCAUUUGUAAAUCUUUUGUGAUCCCAAAUAUUAAUAUAAAAAGUCAUUAGCAUUUUGCUAAGGUACUGUAACCAUGUCAAUAGAUCAUAGAAACACAUUUUGUGUUUUAAAUGUUUUGAACUGAAUUAUCUUCAAUGUUAGGAAAUAUGUUUUCCACUUGCUCAAUAAGCCCUGCUUGACCAAAUUAACUGUUUAAUUGCUGUGCAAUGCACAACAGUGUUAUUUUAUCGGCUUCUGUUUUGUAAUGAGUUUGUUCAAUAAAGUUUUGCCUCUU